AUGCGGGUCAUGGAUAUGAUCACGGAUGAGCCCGGAUGGGAUCAAAAGGUCUUCGAUGAGGAUAUCACGGCUGAAUGGCGGAAUAAGAUCGUCCGCAUUGGACAAUACGUGACUCCGAAGAUGAUGGAUUGGAUUAUCAAAGAGCUUCAAUGGAAAGCCGGCGUCUUCAAAGAGAAAGGCCUUGUCCAUGUCUUUGAUGUGGGUGUGGUUAAGUCCGAUACCGCCGUGUCGAAAGAACUACAGCAAGCAUUAAAAGAGGCCGUGAAGGCUCUCGAGAACAUUCCAGAGGACCAGAAAGACUAUCACCCGGGAUCUGACAACAAGGUGGUCAAUUUAGUGAACCCCUCGCUAUUCCCGGUAAGAUACGGCCAGACUCAUGUUCUCGCAAAUCGAACCAUCGGUCUGGAUAACUGCCUAAGCAGUGUGGGACAGGGAAACUUAAUCCCCGUUCCCUCCACCGAGAACUGCCGUCCGCAUAAUGAAUAUAACGAACACCACCCUCGCAUCCCGGAGAGGGAGAUUCCAGUCUUCAGCGAGAAGUUCCAAUUGCUCCCGUGUGAUGUGGAACUCACCCAUGACGCCGGCUGCAGAAUUGUCUCGUAUAUCAACAAUGUCCAUCCCGUCGACCAUAAGGGGCUAUAUGAUGUGAUUGAGAAGAUCAUCGCCGGUGCAAUCCCACUCUGGGAUCAGAGCUUGACAGAAUUCUGUAUCAACAGAAUCAAUUAUCGGGAGGUCAAAUUCGGUGACCAUACGCAGCCUGAACCGAUUUGGCCUAAGAAAAACCACAAAAAUGAGCUAGAGCACCUCGAGGCCAAACUGAGGUUCUUGGAACUCAAUUGGCAGUGGAAAAUUACCCGUCCUGUUCUACUCCCUGAACCGCAAGAAUUCACUUUCCCUGGACAAUGGCGCAGGGUCAAUCUACGGAAUCAGUUCCCCAAAACGAAACUGCAGGUCAUUGUGAAGUUGGCCAACAUCGAAUUGACCACUGACAACCCCGAGUACGAAGGGUCAUGGCACCUCGAGGGACAGCUAAACGAGCGUAUUUGUGCCACCGCAAUCUACUACUACGACAGCGAAAAUAUCACCGAGGGCACCCAACGUUUCCGUCAACAUGGAAUGGACAAUAUGAUAAAUAUCAACUAUUGCAGUGGGCACCACAAGUUCCUGCAAGCAGUGUAUGGCUUUGGUGAAGAUGUCCGGGGCAGGGGCAACACUGAUGUCACACAAGACCUUGGCGGAGUCGUCUGCCAGGAAGGUCGACUCCUCACGUUCCCUAACACCGUCCAGAACCGAGUUUCUCCGUUCUCCCUGGACGACCGAUCUAAGCCUGGCCAUCGUAAAAUCCUCGUGUUAUUCCUGGUGGAUCCUCAUCGGCGGGUUAUCUCCUCUGCCAAUGUGCCCCCACAGAGGGAGGACUGGGGUGGUGAGAGACAGCAGGCUGUGAAUCAAGUUCUGUCAAGACUACCGUUGGAAUUGCAGUACAUUGUUCAGAGCUAUAUUGACCCCCUAAUGACUAUGGACGAGGCUAAGGCACACAGGUUGGAUCUUAUGAAAGACCACAGGCUCAAAUCGAGGAGACUCGAUCAAAAUUUUGAGACGGGCAACUUCCAUCUCCAGUAG